AAAAACCGACCCUAAAUAAUGUUGCCGCAACACUGACAAAACAUUAUCCUAAUGUUUGCUGCACUGAUUUUAACCUUAAAAAACCCAUGUUUACAAAAUUUUACAGAAGUUUAAAAAAAUGAGUGAUGAUUUUAUACCAACUCGUGCAUCUUUGGCUAAGAAAAAUGCUUGUAAAGAAGUUGAGGUCGUAACCUUCGAAUCAUAUAAACCGAAAGAAAAAAAAGAAAAUGAUAAGAAAUAUGCCAUUUAUGAGGAUGAUUUUAAUGGUGAAGAAUUUAAUAUUAAACAGGCAAAACAUGAAGUUAUGCAGUUUGGAAUGUCUGGAUUUACCAGUAAAAGAAAAGAAGCAGCUAAACUUCAGUUAGCAAUAAAAUUGGGUGCAAAGCCUCCAAAAAGUAAAUACAAGAAUUACAAGGAAUUAUUAGUAGAAAAGAAAAGAGAGAAAAAUAGGGAAAGUAAAGUUAACAAAUUCCAACAGCUUGGUAAAAAUAGUGUGGGAAAGUCUAUAGCCAAAGGAAAGAGUUUUGAUCGCAAGAGAAAGAAAGGAAAAGAUGGAAUAUUGGAUAUUUAUGGAAAAGUAACAAAGGUGUCCAAGAAAAACUGAUAUUAUAGUUGCAUUAUUAUAAUAAAUAAAUUUUAUUUUUAAUUUGAUUAAUUAUUUGAUUUCCUGCCCCUUUUCUGUAACAAGUAAAAUUUAAAUCAUGCAUUGCCAUUUCCAG